AUGCAUUUCGGAUCUCUACCAACUCUUUUGCUCUUGCUAACACUGUAUGGGGUGCAAACAUUGAGGUGCUUUGACGCAAAAGGGAAAGAAGAUAUAUGCCGAUUCAAUCCCUGGAUAUGGUUCAGAGCUACUUGCUUUACAAAGUAUAGAGAUGAUGAAUCUAGAACUGGAAAGGGUACGAACGCAGGUAGCGUUGAGAGUAUAAGCUGGAGUGGAUGUCUCUACCUUCCCAGAGUUCUUUCCAAAGGCCGCUUCAAAACAGAUUCAUUAUUUAUUAAAGCCAAAGUUUGCCUUUGCUACCAAGAUCUAUGUAACAACAGUACAUUGAGUUCUGAUCCGAACAGCCAAAGUAUAGCCACAUCAGAUAGAUGUUAA